AUGCAUCUAGAGCUUGAUGCUUUCACUGCUUUGGUUAUCAUUCUGUGUUUUCUUGGACUGAUUCUCAAGGAGACGGUAAUGGGAGGUAAUACUUCAAAAGGCUCUCACAAGAGACAUGUGACUUCGCCAUCUUCGUCGUCGUCGUAUGGGUCUGUUGGUUCUUCGUCUUCUUCGGAUAUUCAUAACUAUGGAUAUCCAUAUGCACAAUCGGCAUAUCCAUAUCCACAACCGCAACAUAAACCGUAUCAAAGACCUAAUCACCACCGUAAUAUACAGACUCCGUUGCAUGAUUAUUCACGGCCUAAUAGGAAGUUAGAUAGGAGAUAUUCGAGGAUUGCAGAUGAUUAUCAUUCUCUUGAUGAGGUUACUGCUGCUCUUUCACAUGCUGGAUUGGAAUCGUCAAAUCUAAUUGUUGGCAUUGAUUUCACAAAGAGCAAUGAGUGGACAGGGAAGAGGUCAUUCAAUCGAAAAAGUUUACAUCACAUAGGAAAUGGUCAAAAUCCUUAUGAACAAGCAAUUGCGAUUAUUGGGAAGACAUUAACCUCUUUUGACGAGGAUAACAUGAUUCCGUGUUUUGGAUUUGGAGAUGCAUCAACACACGAUCAAGACGUCUUCAGUUUCCAUUCGGAUGAGAGGUUCUGCAAUGGAUUUGAGGAAGUUUUGUCAAAAUAUAGAGAGAUUGUUCCAUGCCUCCGACUCGCAGGACCAACCUCAUUUGCCCCUAUUAUUGAGAUGGCCAUGACUAUUGUUGAGAAAAGUGGUGGCCAAUAUCAUGUCUUGCUUAUAAUUGCUGAUGGACAGGUGACUAGAAGCGUUGACACAGAAAACGGCAAGCUAAGUUCUCAGGAAAAGAAGACAAUUGAUGCAAUAGUAAAAGCUAGCGAGCAUCCACUAUCGAUAGUUUUGGUUGGAGUUGGAGAUGGACCGUGGGAUAUGAUGAGGGAGUUUGAUGAUAACAUUCCAGCUCGAGCCUUUGACAACUUUCAGUUUGUGAAUUUUACUGAAAUAAUGUCAAAGAAUGUGGAUUCAAACCGAAAAGAGACAGAGUUUGCUCUAGCAGCUUUGAUGGAGAUACCAUCUCAAUAUAAGGCGACCAUAGAUCACAACCUAUUGGGGACGCAAAGGGGACAUUCACCAGACAGGGUUCCAUUACCUCCACCUCAAUAUGAUAGGGCUUCUUCUAGUAACGGUGCAGCAUCUUUCCGUUCAAACAGUUUUCAGCAGCGUCCAAACAGUUUUCAGCAUAGUACACAUGCAUAUGCAAGCAACAACAAUGAAACGAACACAGAACCGUCUUCAUCUGGUUUAUAUGACAAUAAGGUUUGCCCGAUUUGUCUUACUAAUGCGAAGGAUAUGGCCUUUGGCUGCGGGCAUCAGACUUGUUGUGAAUGUGGAGAAAGCCUUGAACUCUGCCCUAUUUGUCGGAGUACAAUCGAUACCAGAAUAAAGCUUUACUGA